AUGUCUGUGCCUAUCAAGCGUUCGUUUAGCUCUGAGGGCGGGGCGGCUUCCAAACGGGACUGGAAGAUGCGCCUCAGCCUUCGGAGCCGCAGUGGGCACAGUGUGGAAGCACUGCGUGGACGAAGAUGUGCAUCGUUACGCUCUGCUGCGACACCGGCGCGUGGCACCGAUGAAUCGGGAAGAAGCACUCCGUCAGCUGCACAACAUGCAUCUCCCUCUCCAGCGGACACCCCCGCUCCAAAGAAAUCCAAUUGGGAGGUCAUUGAACACUUCUCGUCGAACCGUAGCAAGAAGAGUCCAACUACUGCGGAGACAGAGGGUGCGACCUCUUCUACACCUAUACUACCUCUGUGCCCAUCGGGGAGGCCUGAUGUCGACAUUUUGCCAUUACUCAAUGAUGAAGGCGUUGAGGGGGGUGGGGGGGCAGCGGGCGCGCAGGACGACGAGGAGGAGGAUGAAGACACCUGUUGGCAACUUUGUAUCGAGAAAUUCCCUCCGCCGCUGCGCGCCCUCUGCGAGUCGCACAGAUUUGAGAACUUACACGUGGAGAUGCUUUACCAACGGUACUUUCUCCGAAUGAAUCAGACUAACAUGACCCACCUCCUCGGACUACUGUUGGCUGUGGCAAUCAUAUUACUGCUGGUGCAAGUGAGGACCCUGCUCCUCGCUCAGAACUACCUGAGCAAACUGCUGCCCGACAAUAACCUGACGUUUGUCACCAAUUUCACGGACUACGACAUGUACCAUUCUUACGGAUUCAAGACGGAUCACAAGCAACCUUACAACCUGAGCGACUACCAGUUCGACCACCAGAGGAACUCAACUUUCACCCUGAAGCAGGACUACUACGAAAAGGAGCGUAUAGCUCAUAUCAUCAACAUUAUCAUUCUCGGAAUCGCUUCGCUUGCAUAUGGCUGUCUCCUGGCGUGCCUCAGUCGGCCCGCGAUGAAUGAAAUAUAUCUGCUCACAAUUUCGUACGUGGUUCUUGUAACAUUCUUGCUGAUUGACCUGUCAUUCGCCAGUGCUUCUGUGCUCAGGAUUUUCUGCACUGCUACGACUCUGCUGGCUUGCAAUCUUUCCGGCAUAAUGACUCACCAUCCCCGCGAGUUGGCGCAACGCCGUGCCUUUUUAGAGACAAGGGACUGUGUUGAAGCUAGGCUAGUCAUGCAAAGGGAAAAUCAACAGCAGGAGCGCCUACUACUGUCUGUACUGCCCCGACAUGUCGCUAUGGAGAUGAAGGCGGACAUCGCUAACCAGCCGCGACAGGAACAAUUUCAUAAGAUCUACAUCCAGCGAUACGAGAACGUCAGUAUUCUCUUCGCGGACAUCUGCGGCUUCACUUCACUGUCAGACCAGUGCACAGCGGAGGAAUUGGUGCGUCUUCUCAACGAAUUAUUCGCAAGGUUUGAUCGGUUGGCAGCUGAACAUCAUUGUCUGCGGAUCAAGUUACUGGGUGAUUGCUACUACUGUGUAUCUGGUCUUCCGGAAGCGCGUGAUGACCAUGCCAAGUGCUGCGUCGAGAUGGGACUUGACAUGAUCGAUGCGAUUGCACUGGUUCGUGAAGUGAUGGCUGUGAAUGUGAACAUGCGUGUUGGCAUUCACACUGGCCGCGUUCACUGCGUCGUGCUCGGCUUGCGCAAGUGGCAAUUCGACGUCUGGUCCAAUGAUGUCACCCUUGCUAACUACAUGGAGAGUGGUGGCGUUGCUGGGCGAGUACACAUAACCAAGGAAACCCUACGCUGCUUGGGCGACGAUUACAAGGUGGAACCAGGACACGGUGGUCAACGCAACACGUACCUCAAGGAUCACAAUAUCGAAACCUACCUCAUUGUUCCUGACGAUACCAGUCGCGUGGUUAGUUGAGUAUUAACUUUUAAUAGGACAUUGCAUGGCAUACAUAGGACAAAGUACAUAGGAGAGUUCUUUUUUGUGUAUUGUGUUGAAACAUUUAUAAACAAACAAAAAUGUUGUAAAAAUUAUUGAUAUGUUUUAGACGUGGUAUAAAGUGGGGAAUUAACUAGACGGGCAUGCCCACCAGCCCUCGUUACUAUAGGGCGGGUAUGUCUGGUUAGUGUAGAACCAUCGUCGCAGUCAUUACACAGACCUAUAUAGUAGCAGGUCUGGCGGGCAUAUUUCCAGACUCGGCCGAGGUUAUGCUCGUGUAGUGAAUGCCCCUCUUAAUACUAUAAAUUUUGGCACGAAUUUUACUAGUCUCACAAGUUCUAUGAGAACGAAUCCAAAGUGAGCAUAGUCCUAUAGUCGAUUGCACCAAACACCUAUUGUAUGUUCCUAUAGCAGGCGAAAAAACGUACAUUUGUUUAAAAUAUCACGUUGAGCGUUGUAUAUAACACGAAAUGUAUCGCUAUCCGUACAAAUCUUUAUUGCUUCCGCGGGGUACUGUUGUUACUGUUGUACGGCGUGGGGUCAUUGAUCUAAAGCAUCCCGUAAAAAAAAUCUCUGUACUUCACGGAAUCAGUGUAGAGUUCUAUGGAUAGCGAUAAGUACGGUUUAAUGCAAUGCUAUCAUAAUAAAUUGUAUUAUUAUCUGUUUUUUGCCUGCCCUAGGAACAGACUAUAAUAGAUUAUUCCCUACAUACGUUUCUAUUAUAAAAGAACUCAGCAUCAACAUUUGCUAAAGUUGUUUGCCUAUAUGUUACCACAAUCGUACAAACAAAGGAAAGAACCAGGCAAUAUUGAAUUGUAUUAGGAGACGACAUCCACGAGAUUCUUUUCGCUACUGACUAAUACUGGACCGUGUUAUGUACGGAGUAUUUCUAUUGUUAGUCAGUGACGGAAUGGUGUAGUGAGUCGUCCUAUCCAAUUAUAAAUAUGGUAUUUUACUUACAAACUGGUAUUAUGCGGAUUACACACGGUCAUAGUACAUUGUUAAUCUGAUGCAAUGGGUAUUGUUUGUUUUCAUGUUUGAUGGGUUCAUAUCACGGUCUUAAUAUUAUGAAACGGUAGAAUAAAAAAGUCUUUGACUUUGCAAAUAUUAAUCCUAAGGCGAGAAAAAGAAGGUCCAUAUCAGGAUGCGUCGCAUCGCAUUUGUCACGAAACAUCAAUGUUAUUAUAUAACCUUGUAAACUUGAUAGAAAAUAUGUAACGUACUAACACACACUUCCGUAAGUCGCUUGAGGAAUCUGCCGUCAGAUUUACACCAAAUCUUACGAUGAUUGGACGCAUCAUCCACAACAAAAGUUCAUGAGGACUAUUCAUGAUGAUGUCAAAUCAUAUAUAAAAAAGUAUCUUACCAUGGAGAAUGAAAUCAAUACAGUCUAAUAGGGAUGAUGACUGGGUAAAAAAAAUGCAAUUCUAAUUAGUCCGUCAGUCAGAUAAUAGAAAAAUAUUAGAUACGUAUUUUUUUUACUUCAAUUUAACAAGAAAUAGCUUGGAUAACAGGCAUUAAAUUUGAGGAGUGGGGGCUCGCUACGUCACAGUUGAGUAGAAAACGUACCAUAACGUGACGUCAUGCGAAAUUUCAACUCAAUGUAUCGCCGUAAUUUUAUGAUUACGAAAAAAAUAAAAAAAUACGUGUUUAAUAUUUUUUGACACUCUACCUGACGGACAAACAAACAAAAAUUUGUCAUCAUCCCUAUUCUGUUGAUGAUAGCCUUACCUUGACAAACAUAAUUAAAUGUGAACGCAGCACUACGAAAAGAGAUGGAGAAGUCUCGCAAAUCCACAACAUUUUAUAAACGAUCCCAUAACCUCGACCAUAUCAGAAAGAAGAAUCGGAAAAAGAAAUGGUUUGGUUUCCGGCCAUAUCAACGAAGAAAAUUAACUAUUGCAUACUAAGUUUUCUAUAGUGUAUCUGAUCUUGGGUGGUUAUAGUACAGCAUCUAGCAAGUGCAUAUCACGAGAGCAUUCAUUAGUUACUCGUACGUUGGGAGUUAAUAUAUAUAAUUUUGUCUACUAUAUACUACUUAUAUUAUUUUUGUUCGAGCAGGAUAAAAAACCACAGCACAGUUUUUCAAUCAACGGCAACGUUUCAAAGGAGAUGCGGGUAAUGGGUCACGGGUCGCAACACGGCAAGCAUGCAUCCAAGUAAUAUUUGAAUAUUUCUUUAUUUUUACUAAAAAAUAUUUUCAGUUACAAUAUAUAUAUAUAUCAUAUGGUUGAAAUUCAAAAGUGGUAAAGAUUCGGUAAAAUUAAAAGAUCUUAUCAUUAGAUAUUUAAUAAUAUUAUAACUUCCGCCUCUGACCUAGUGAUCAAAUUAAAAUUACCUAUGCACUUUACAUCAAAAGAUGUUAGAAAUUUGCUUGUUUAGUUAAAUUUAUAUAUUAAAGUUGUAUAAUUAAGUUUCCAACAAACAUUUUCUUUACUAUAUCGAUAAAAUUACAAAGAACUUUGGUUGUAUGAAGUAAUUUCGUAUGCCAUCCUAUCACUCUUACUUACGUAUCGUCACCUAUAAAGCACUAUCUAAUGCAAACUUUCUCGUAUCUCAUAAAAUAUUAAUCUUACGUCAACCGGCAAGUUAUUAAAUACCUCCGAUGUUUAUAAAGGAAACAAAGUUUAUCCGCUAACUAAACUUUCCACAAGUGUCCCGCGAGCGCAAAAACUUUUACCUUCUUAAGUCAGGCACACAUACGAAACGCAGAUCAUACCUGUGCCGUUAUAAACUUAUCUGUAAAAAAAAGUUGGUAUUAAUCUAUGCUUAUAUGUAGAUUUCCAAUGAUAAUAAAAAUAAAAUAAAAAGUGACUUUGUUUUUGUAACACCUAAGUAUGCGGUGAUCUACUAUCUGAAAAUAAUAAGAAAUGUACCAAUUUUUUUUAAAGAUUAACACAACAAGAUACGUAUUCGUCCAUUUUUUUUUUCAAAUAAAAAGCGACUACUUCCUAAUUUAUUUAUUAAAAUAAGCAUUAGGUUUUAAUCUGUUGAUAAUUUGUAAAAUAAACCGGCCAUUGGCUGCACUAUCGUAAACAAAUACACAAUCAAACGAUUCGUUCGCACUUCGCGUAAUAUUACUUGUUCACGUACACUGUUGUUUCUCGACAGGAUCGACCCGGCCAGCGAGAAUAAGAAGCCCGAGGAUGAAGUAAAUGAGUACCUGAUGAAGGCUAUAGAUGCCCGUUCGAUCGACCGUUUGCGCACCGAGCAUUGCCGGCCUUUCACGCUUACAUUUCGUGAUCAGAAGAUAGAACAAAAAGUGAGUGAUUAAUGUCAUUGCUGAUUUUCGAACUACUUACCUUAUGACCUUUGGUAUUGCCCUCUGUAGCCGAUGAAAGCUAUUAGACGCGACAUGAUGGAGACAGGAUUAGGAUCCAAAAAUGAAAUGAUGAUAACAAAAAUUGCCUGUAAAAAAUAAGCAAGCUUCCAGCGCGCAAGUUAAUCGUAUUCGUUUUAUUAAAGAAUGAAUACUUAUGUUGUUGUUAAGAAUGUUUUGAUGUCAAUAGAUACUGAGGUUUGUUUAAGGCAAGUAAGGAUUUUUCACGACGCAAUUUAAGGACAUAUAUUUUUUAUGUUUUAUAAAAGACGUUUGACUCACACAAAGGUAAAUAUACAAUCAUACGAAAACUAUCACGACCUUUGCACAAAUCAAACAUAUUCUUGAUUUAUUCAAUUUUGGGAUAUUUGAAACGGUUGCUAGGAUUAUUAUUGCUGCGAUAACUUCAAGUGGUUUUACGUACGACGUAAUAACAUAACGAACGUCGUGAUCCAGCCAAUUAAAAUUGCCACGGCUCCUUGAGGAUAGCUUUCGGUUGAAUUGUUAACUACUAGGGUUGGUUACUUAAUGUAUUCAAAAUAAGAUGUAUUCUGCCCAAUAAUAUUUCCUAUUUUCUUUGAACCGUGACGUAUUUAGGACGUCGCUAGCCAAAUAGUUUAGAUACUAUUUUAUUGCAAAAUGAUUUAGGCGAAUUCGAAAGAUUUUGUAACGAAAAUAGUUUAUUUUUGAAUCCAGACAAAUGUCAUACAAUCACGUAUACAAGAAAAAGAGACCCAAUUAAAGUUCAAUACAAAUUAUGUGGUAAAAUUCUUAACCGUGUAACAGAAAUUAGGGAUCUAGGCGUACUAAUCGAUUCUGGACUGACAUUUGUCCCACAUAUUAACAAAAUUGUGAAUCAAUCCUUUAGGUUUUUAGGUUUCAUAUUGCGCGUAGGUAAACCAUUUAAAAACCCUGCUACAUACAAAUUACUCUAUAACAGUUACGUUCGAAGCCGUCUUGAAUUCGCAAGCCCUGUUUGGAACCCUCCUUAUCGUGUGCAAUCUGAUAAAAUUGAGAAGGUUCAACGCAAGUUUAUUAAGUCGUUGGACUAUAGAACUUAUAAUCCACACCUCAAUUAUGAGUCCUCUCUUGUUAUUCACAAUAUGAUUUCUCUAAAAGAUCGAAGAGAUCUUAUAGAUAUAAACUAUUUAUUUAAAAUACUGAAUGAUAUGGUUGAUGCCCCGUUUCUUUUGGAAAAGAUUUUCUUUCGAGUGCCCAGGAAACAAAAGCGAUCCAUUCGAAAAAAAGAUUUAUUUUUCGUUAAGCAAAGUAGAACUUGCUAUGGAAGUAAUAGUUACAUAAAAAGAGCAUGCACCCUUUACAACAACGUUUUUAACGAUGUGGAUAUAUUUGGAACAUCUGUUGCUGCGUUUAAACGACAUGCCGUUGAAAUAUUGCAACACUUUGACGUAUAGUUUAUAUAGGCGCAUUUUUUAGUAUCACAUUAUUACAGUUUGUUUUUAAAUUUAAAUUAAAAUACUUUAACCGUGACCUGACUCACUGUUGACUUGGUCACUCCAAUUACCCGUUUACAAGGAUUGCUGUUCCAUAUAAAGUGUGUUUUAUCAUUGUCGAACGAUUGUCUUUUAUCUUAUUUUAUUUUAUAUUAUCAUGUCUUGAUCCCACUUCUAAUUUAGUAUCUUAAUUUUGUAAUUUCAAACCUGGAAAUAAACAAUAUAAUUAAUUUAACUAAUUAACUUAAGUUUACACCUAAAUAACUUGGUAAACGCGAAUACGAAGAUAAUACAAUGGUAUAUAUUUACAGUAACAAUAAUUUCUAUCGCUAAAAAAUAUGUUACCUCUUGUUGUCGGCCUGUCUGAUCUGCAAUAAUUGGAAGCUGAUGGCAGCAUCAUCACGCAACUUUUUCUUGGACUUAGUCCGGACUAAGUUUGAUCGAGUUUUUUCAUUUUACGAGUAUGAUUCUAGUUAUGAUUUGCAAUGUGAUAAUUGGAUUGGAUCCUUGUGUAACCGGGUCUACCAACUAUAACACAUAAUAAAGUAAAAAUAAAUAAAAAAUGAGGACACUAAUUGGUUUUUAGUAAAUUGUAUAUUACAUUUUAGUUGAUGAUUUUAGUUUCUUAUGUAUUUUAUUAUAAUUUGUUAAUAACGUAACUUGGGAGAGUUACUUACCCGAUAUUGCUAAUAAAUAAACCAUCACAAUAUAGUUGUUAUUAUACUAGUUGCCUAAUUUUAACGUAAUUUUAGUUUCAAUAUCCACAAUCGGUAAUGACUUUUCCUAGUAUGUUAAACGGCGUACUUUGCGUCUACUUUUCGCCUGCUGCGGCGGCGCACUGGCGACGCGCUUGCUAGCCGCCGCCGACCGGUGCAUUGAAGCGUGAAUUUUUGUGUUGCGUAGUUCGUUUAACUUAGCAUAAGAUAUAGUUGGAUACCCAUUUAUUUAUAUUGUUCAACAUAUUUAGCUUGUUUGAUGUUUUUUCUUUGUUUAACAGUAAUAAAACAAAUGUAAUGUUGGGAACUAUAGGUUUAUUUAUAUUUUUCUUUGAUUUGUGUUCAUGUAAUUUUUUAUAACUGUUUGUUCCUU